CGCGCGGGAUGCAGAGGCCUGUCAGAAGAUGCUCUAACGGAGCUGUGCAGACUUAUACUACUAUUAAAACGUAUAGUCGUAUAGUAUAGUCGGGAUAGCGUUCCACACACCUUUUAAGCACAUCUACAUGGUGUAGUCUGACCGAAGAAUCUCGAUGUCUGUGGCCAAUGCGAAACACAGAGUAUUAAACCCGGUGAUCCCGUACACAGGAGCCAUACCUGGAGGCCUGCACCCGGGAGAAGUCAUCAUUGUCCAGGGCACUGUACCUCAGCAUGCUGACAGCUUUCAGAUAGACUUGUCGAGUGGUUGCAGCACUAAGCCGUGCUCAGAUGUGGCCCUUUGCUUUAGGGCUCAGUUCAGCGGCUCACUGUGUGUCGUCUGCAACUCCCUGCAGAAGGAAAUUUGGGGCAAAGAAGAAACCACUUAUCAGCUACCUUUCAAACAAGGAGCCCCCUUUGAGGCCCUUAUAUUGGUACAUAACAAUGCCUUUAAGGUGGCGGUGAAUGGCACGCACUUACUGGAAUACAAGCACAGAAUGCCGCUCAACAGGGUCGACACAUUUUCUGUUUCAGGAGAUGUUUUGGUGUGUGCAGUUGGCUACAUCCCAAGUUCAGCAAUAUACUCAGAAUCAGGUGACUUGAGUCUCCCAUACAAAGGUAGUAUCCUCAAUGGACUCAACCCUGGGGAGCAUAUUACAAUCAAAGGGCAGGUCAGCAUCUAUCCUCACAGUUUCACUAUAAAUCUACGAAGUAGCCAAACUGAAAACAUUGCUCUGCAUUUGAACCCUCGCAUAAAGUCAGCCGUAUUUAUAAGGAACUCGUACCUGAGUGAAUGCUGGGGAUAUGAAGAACGGGAGUUGCCAUUCUUUCCAUUCUCAUCUGGGGAAUACUUUGAGAUUCUCAUCCUCUGUCAGCCCCAUCAGUUUAAGGUGGCAGUGAAUGGGUCACAUCUAUUUGAGUUCAGGCACAGAGUGCAGGACCUGAAAAGCAUCGAUCAGAUGGAGAUUAUGGGAGAUGUGGAGCUCAUCGAUGUCAAAGUGUGGUGACGUGCAUCUCAUGAGCAGCCUACAAUACUCUUCUCUGUUCGGCAUAAACGAGAGGAACAAAGAAUGAUGGUUCAAGCACUCGUUGGUGACGUAGUGGUUUAAGUUGUUGCACAUAUGCUGUUAUCACCUCGGCAUUAUGGGUUCACUCCUAGCCUCAAUCAUUUGCAGAAUGUCUCUACCCUCUCUCUCUUCCCAUUUCACGCUACAGCUGUUAAAAAGAAUGAGUCAGACAGAACCAUUUUCUAUUUAGUUGUUUACAAACAGUUUUCCUGAAAUGUGCCAUGCCAGUCUAAUAAGAAUGUAUUUAAUAGGUCUAAAUCUGGAUUAUGGGACAUUUUAAAAUGAAAGAUGUUUAUUUUGUUCAUUAAAUUCUCAUGAACUCAGAAAUACUUGGAACAUAUAUUCUUUCUUUCCUGCAAAAUUCUGAUUAAAAAAAUUAUAAACCAGAAUUGAUAAGAAUAUUUCCAUCAGUUAUCACAUUUUCAUUUAGAGACAACUCACCCCUUUAUCUUAUGCAGUGUAGUUGCUGAAAAAAUAAACUUAUGAAAUGCAUUAACC